AUGUAUACGCUGGUGUUCACAUUCACCCUGCUGCGAGAACCACUAAAGGUCGAUCUUGGUGCAACUGAGUACGAGUUCCCUGCAUGGGCUACGGCGUAUGGAUGGUUCCUGGCCACGGCUCCAUUAGCGGCCAUUCCAGUUAUUUUUAUUAAAAACUUACUCGAAUUUCUUAAAAAGGGACGG